AUGCCACCUCUAUAUGUGAAAGGAGGAGUUUGGACAAAUGUGGAAGAUGAGAUAUUGAAGGCAGCAGUUUCAAAAUACGGUUUAAACCAGUGGUCUAGGGUUGCUUCGUUAUUAACGAAAAAAAAUGCAAAACAAGCAAAGGCAAGAUGGAACGAAUGGGUAAGUCCCGGUAUUAAUAGGAAGGAAUGGACUCGAGAAGAGGAUGAAGAAUUAUUAAAGUUGGUAAGGCUUAUGCCAAAUCAGUGGAGGAGCAUAGCACCUGUUUUAGGUAGAACAGCUACUCAAUGUGUGGAAAGAUACCAUAUAUUACUCGAAGACGUUGCCGAUGACUUGUCGGUGACUGGUCCCGGUAUUGAAACUUUACCAGCUAGUGGGCAGACUGGAGACCUCAACAUAAACCCCGAAUCCAAAGCUGCGAAGCCUGACGAAGAAGAGCUAGAUGAUGACGAGCGUGAAAUGCUUUCGGAAGCCAGAGCUAGGUUGGCAAAUACCAAGGGGAAAAAGGCCCAGAGAAAGGAGAGAGAACGAAUGCUUGAAGAGAGCAAGAGAAUAGCACUUUUACAGAAAAGAAGAGAACUCAAAGCUGCAGGGAUAAAUGUGAGUUUGCAAUCCAAAAAUAAAAAGAAGAGAAAAGAGUUUGACUAUAAUGCUGACAUUCCUCAUGAGCAUGAAAUACCAAAAGGAUUUCAUGAUACUUCUGAAGAAGUCGAAUUGAAUGAAAAGGAAAAAUUGAAUUUCAAUCGAGAUGUAAAUACUCGUGGCAUGGAUUUUAAAGAAGUGGAUGACAAAAUUAAAAGAGAUAAAAAGAGACUUCAAAAGGAAAUAGAGAUCGAGAAAAAGAAGCGUAAGCAUGAGACAGAAACGGCUGCUUCACUUACUAAUGAUAUAUCAGAUGAGAACUUGAAGAGAAGGAAACUAGAAUUGCCUAAGCCAGAAGUACGUGAAAGAGAGUCACUAAUUCCCUUUCAAGUGGAUUUGGACACUCAACACUUGGAAGGAAUUUUUGCUAAAGGAAAUUUGGUGGAAAUAGAGGACGAUGCUGAUGAGCGCAUCAGAAAUGCCACUCGCAAGUUAGUGGAGAAUCAGAUGUUGAAAUCAAGUCUCGUUGCCAGUGAGGGACCUGUUUCUUUUGAGGAAAAGACAACUUCUGAAAAUCAAACGUUGAAGGUGUCUAAGAAGGAAAUAAUUCUGCUAUUGGUCUCUAGCUUCAAAGAAUUACCGAAUCCUCAAAAUAGUCCCACUAUCAUCUUACCAAGCUUUGAUGCAACCCAAGAAUCAUUGACGAAUUUUGAGAACGAAGCUACUAGUUUUAAUGGUGAUGAAAGGAAAAAAAAUUUGAAAAUAUUAAAGAAGGUAGAGUUAGAGGAAGCUAAGCUUAGGAGGUCAAGAGCUGUACAAAAAGGUUUACCAAUCCCGAAACCCAUGUAUUUAAAAGACAUAAAACUAGACGGUUUGGAUGGAAAGAUCUAUGAAGAAAUGAAGAAAUUAAUUGCUUCAGAUUAUAGUAAAUACGUCGAUCCACUUUACAAAACAGAGUUGUUGGACGACUUAGAUGAAAUUUCAUUUAAAACAGUGAACGCCGAAGUUAAAUCCGAACUAAAAGAAACUCCAGCAGAAGAACCGGUAACGGAUUCAAUCUUUAGUCUCCCUCGCACAUUUGAGGUAGCUGAGAAGAUAAUUGCAUUGCUUCACGACUUCCGUCAGAAAUGCCUACAUAUAGAAGAAUCAAUCACUUCUGAGGUUGGCUAUUCCGAUUUCAUAGAUAAAAUGGAUGCACUUAAAGAAGAAUUGGAUGAGAACUUCCUCGCUCUUGAGGAUGCUGACAUCGAAUUGAAUAAUUUGAUUGCUAUUAAGGGAGAAGAGGACAAUAUCAUAGAUAGAAGGUCAAAACGCCUACACGAACUAAGUGAUUUUAUUAAGCAAGCCGAAAGCAAAGCCCAGGACAGAGUUAGAAGUAUUAGAAUUAACUCGGCUAAUAUGUAG